AUAUAUAUAUGGCAGUGAAACAAUCAUUGGAUAUAGGAAGAUAUAUUUUCGGUUAAAGUAGUUUUAAAAUAGUCAUAGUGUAUGUGUCAUUAAAUCAGAUCAUUGUGCUACUACUCAGUAUAAAAUCGAGUCGAAAUGACUACACUACGAGAGCUUGUGCCAGCUGAUCUGUUCAAGUUUAAUUCCAUUGUCUUUGAUCCUUUCGUGGAAGGCUACCACACGGACUUUUAUUUACUGAAGAUGAUCCAAAAGCCCAAGCUGUGCCAGGUGGCAGCUGCACCUGAUGGUCGGCUCAUUGGCUUGCUGGUGGGAACACACGGUGCGAGCAAAAACGAAAAAAUAAAAGCUGAAAAUGGCACAGACUUGUGUCCAACAUACGGACACAUUUCUUUGUUGGCGGUGGCCUCUGACUAUCGUCGCCUGGGGCUGGGAACGUGCUUGAUGGGAGUGUUCACGGAGAUUGUGGAGCGCUAUUCAGACUGGUAUGUGGACCUCUUUGUGCGAGAAAGCAAUGUCACGGCCAUCCAGCUAUACAAGUCCCUGGGCUUUGUGAAGUAUCGCUGGCUGCCCUUUUUCUAUAAGAAUGAAAAUGGCUUCGAACUGCGAAUGCCCCUGUCCCGAGAUGUGGAGCGAAAGUCGCUGAAGGGCAUCACAAAGAACAAAUUCUAUUGCCUUUACCAGGUACUAAUUAUGCUAGUCAACGAGUUUCUGAUGUGGCUGAAGGAUCUUGUAUACUGGUAGCAUGAUUAGAAAUUAUAGAAAUGUACCACACACAGAAAAAAAGAACACUAAUAAAACAUUAGCAGAG